CCCUAGAAUUGCAGUGGCUAUGGCGCCCGCGGUCAGGGUGCUAUGCGAUCUCGCCAAGCAGAGCCAAGAGAAUGCCGGCGUGGCGUGGCUGAUUGGAGUCCCGUGGAUGCCCUGGACGAUCGUUUCCUCGAUCCGCUGCCUGCGCUACAAGGAUGGCGAUCCAGAUUACGCUGCUGAGGAAGGUGAAUUGCGGAUCCUUCUUCCCGGAGGGCUGGAAGUGAUUGGAGCAUUGCUGGUUGGAUCGGAUGCUGCAAAGGCGUGUGCUGUGGCCACGAAAAUCAGGGAGGUGUUAAAUCUGGUCUCAUCGAACGAUAUUGUUGCUGCUACUCGGUCCAGCUCCAGCGAUGGCAUUACGUUCUUCUCUCAGGCUCUACAACCGAUCGAGCAAUCUUCCUUUUCCGCGAAAGAGUUUUGGGAAUCCACAGCGCUUCUUCAUUGUCAAGUCGAGCUUGGCCUUUCGAUCUACACAUCUUCUGGAACUUCCUCAGAUCUUAAGAAGCAGCUGGAUGGGAAAAUUAGAGACCUUGCCGAGAGUUUCACGAGCUCAACCACUGUAUGUAUUAUGGAAGGAUCGUCGAGAAGUUUUCUCGCUCGCUCUCAAGCUAACGAAGAGCUACAAUCUGUGUUCCCAGAUUCAGCGCUUUUCGACUCUUCGAUACCACAUCCUCUGGCUGUCAAGCUUUUGACGCAGCAAAGCAAGCAGACUGAUGAAGUGAUUGCCCCCGUGGUUCAUUACACUCCUUCUGCAGAAGGAACGUUGCUACACACAGCCACGGUUUCCCUGGAUGUGCUAUGCUUAGUUUCCAGGAACUCCGCCUUGCACAAAGCGAUGAACACAAUCACUCGUGCUCUGACGAUUCAACUGGAAUCCAUUGGUAAAGCUUUGUCAGCAAGGAAUACCAGUCUUCAGUUGCGCCCAUAUCAUUUCAAAGUUCCCGCUAGCGUGCAUCCUGUAACAGCCAUCUUCGAUAAGAACCAACUUGAACGUGACUCUGUUGACCUCCGGAAAGCAUUGCAUUCUCGGCUCGGCUUGCCACUAGAUCGUCCACUUUUUCGCGUUGCCAAUGCAUUAACUAUCAGAGGGCCACAGUUCAUCUCCAACAGGAUUGAUGGAAAGCGACUUUUGGAUGUUCAUCUCGGUCUUCCUCGUUGCGGGAUUUCUGGUGGAGAAGUGAGUGUUAUUGACGGCUCGUACGAGUACUAUCACUACCUGCAGGAUCGAAUGGACGACAAAGGCUGGGGCUGCGCAUAUCGAUCCUUGCAGACUAUAAUGUCGUGGUUUAGGCUGCAGCAUUACACUUCUAUGAAAGAACCUUCUCACAGAGAGAUCCAGGCAACACUUGUAGAAAUAGGAGACAAGGAGCCUUCUUUUGUUGGAUCUCAAGAAUGGAUUGGAGCGAUCGAGUUAAGCUUUGUACUAGACAAACUUCUCGGGGUGACUUCGAAGAUACUAAGCGUCCGUUCUGGAGCAGAUUUACCGGAAAAAUGCCGGGAGCUUGCGGCACAUUUCGACACGCAAGGCACUCCAGUUAUGAUCGGGGGUGGAGUCCUGGCAUAUACAUUACUUGGCGUGGAUUACAACGAAUUUACUGGCGAGAGCGCUUUUCUUAUUCUGGAUCCUCACUACACGGGCGGAGAGGACCUCAAGACCAUCCGGAGUGGAGGCUGGUGUGGCUGGAAGAAGGCCGUGAGCGACACCGGCCGCGAGUUUUUCUUGCGCAACAAGUUUUACAACCUGCUGCUUCCACAGCGUCCUCAAGCUGUCUAAAGUUUCAGGAAAGGAAAUCCGAGUUGAGCCUGAGCGCAUCAAACACAAGCAAGCAUUUAAAUCUUUUUUGUUAUCUGUUGCCGAAGCUCGUGAAUGGUGGACAUCGGAGUCACAAGUACGUGGAUCAGCACUGGCUUAAGUGAUGGGCGAUCCAGGCAGCGAACGGGCGGAGCACGCGCACGAUCGAGCAGCGAAGAUCAUCCAUCUAUCAACAUAUUACUUUUUGCUCGAAGCGCAACUUCACGAUGUGUCUCGCAAGAACAACACAAAGGUUGGUGUCACUGUCGCAGCUUUUCGCUCACUUUGGAGGAGUGGUUUUUUCCAGUGGAUGGAGUCGAGCUCACUCUAUCCAUCGCCAAGUUUCUACCUAGCACUCCAGCACCCAUGAUUCCAAUAACACUUUAAUCGCCUAAGUUCUAUCUUUGAUGAUGUUUUAUAUCGCUAGAUUUUGUUAAUCCUUUUCACGGGAAUCCAAUAACGGCCUAUCAACAGAA